AAAAGAUUACGAGAAUAAUAAACAGCUCUAAAAGACGGUCUGCUUCAACUUUCAACCGUCCCGAUAAACCCUACAAAUCAAGUCGUCCAUCUAUCUCCCUCCUAAGGUUUUGAUCUUUUCAUAAACCUCAAAUAGAGAUGCAGUUGACGCUCGAAUUCGGGGGAGGGUUGGAACUUCUUUGUGAUUCCGUGAAGAUCCAUAACAUUAAUGUUGACCCUCAAGAUGGAGAGAAGCAGAUGACGAUGAAAAACUUGCUCACUUGGGUUCGCACCAAUUUGAUCAAGGAGAGGCCUGAAAUGUUUAUGAAAGGAGACUCGGUGAGGCCUGGGGUUCUAGUCCUUGUAAAUGACACUGAUUGGGAACUAAGUGGCCAGCUUGAAACAGUGCUGGAA